AUGGUUUACAUUCACGGUGGAGGUUACGUUAUAGGAACAGCGAUCACUUAUCCUAGCGAUUUUUUGGCUCUCCAGGGGGUGGUGGUGGUCAUAAUCCAGUAUCGUCUAGGUCCUUUUGGUUUCUUGACGACUGGUGAUUCAGCGGCACCUGAUAACUAUGGAAUGUUGGAUCAAGUGGAAGCACUGAAGUGGAUCAAUGAAAACAUUAUGAAUUUUGGCGGGAAUCCCAACAAGGUCACGAUAUUUGGAGAGAGCGCUGACGGAUCCAGCGUGAGUCUCCAUCUUCUGUCUCCUCUGUCACGUGAUCUUUUUCAUCAGGCCAUUGCAGAGAGCGGUGUAGAUUUAAGUUCCUUUGCGGUUCAGCCAACGUCUGUUGGUCUUCCGGUCGCUAGGGAGCUUGCACAAAAACUAAACUGUGGUGCAAGCGACCACAACACAAUGGUUUCCUGCAUACACAACAAAAGAGCUUCAGACAUACAGAAAGCCUCAGAGUCAAUCAAAUUUGAGUUCUCUAAUUAUCUCUACUGGGCACCGGUUGUAGACAAGUACUUCCUUCUUAAUACACCCCAAAGUUUGAGGAAAAAGAAAGAUUUCAAGCAAGUGCCACUUAUCAUCGCCUUUGCAAGUCACGAGGGGGCGACAUCUCUUGUAGAUAUGGUCAACAAUUCUUUUGGGCUGAUGGAGAGCUUGGACAACGGAGUCAGUCCGACUAAUUAUAAUGGUUUAUUUAAAGUACAGCCUCGUUAAUACGGUCACCAAUGGGCCAAAAAAAUUUGGCCGUAUUAGCGGGUGACCGUAUUAACGAGGGUUUUUUUUUUACAAGAAAAUCAGGGGCGGAUCCAGGACCUUUUUUAAGAGGGGGUGCACUCGUCUCUUGCUCUACUUCAACACCAAUAAACCACAUAGUUUUUUGUUGCAGAAUACCAGUUGUAUUAGAAAACUGCGUGUCAUCUCGGGAGGGGGGUGCGCACCCCCUGCACCCUCCCCCUUGAUCCGCCCCUGAAAAUGUAUGGUCGUUUUGCCGGGCGGCCAAAAAAAAGUGGCCGUAAUAAUGAGGUGGCCGUAAGAAGGGGUUCACUGUAUCCAUAAACUAAAAAUACGGCUCUUUAUCUGUGACUACUACCGAUAACCUAACCUACUAAUCUACUCAUCAAUUGGUUAUAAAUUAUCAUUACUACAAAACUAUGAACAGUGAAAAGAUAAUAAAACGACUAGUUCCAAAAUUAAAGAAAAGCUAGUGAAAAAGAAAAACUAAUGAAAAGGUCACUAAGAAUACAGCCUUGCCCUUCGGCUUAGCUUUAAGGUUACUUGUCAACUGACUCUUAACAUGACUAAAUUCUGGGGAGUUCCAAAUAUGGUGUGGUAUCGCAUUGAAAACAUUUGGCAGUGCUGUCUUGGAAGGUACCUGAUUGUGUCUACUUUCUGCUCAAUCUGUGAUUUAUACUCAGUAGUGACUACGAUUUUAUUUUGUAAAACUAUAAUUGUUCAAAAAGAAGCGACUUUAAAACAUUCAGCCAUAAAAAAAUGCGAAAAAAACUUUUCUUAAAACAUUAAAAAAGUCUGAAAAUAUACUACGUUUCGACGUCCUAAAAGGCCAUUUUAAAGUAAACAAUGCAGUAUGAAUGUCCUAUAAAUGCAAGAAAAACAAUAGCUCAUUAAAAAGAAAAGUAACAUAUAAAAAAUAUGUUACAAGUUUUAAAAACAAAGAGUUUAGCACUGAUUGAGUCACUGAUUGAGUCACUCUAAGUGUUAAGUCUGGGCCUCAGUUCAGUUUGAUGAAUAAGAUUUACGAGGCAGUCAAAUUUCCCGUGGCACUUAUUGAUAACGCGAAAUUGACCCUCACUAAGAAGAUGUAUGUCACCGUGCGCUUCUAAAAAAUGUUUACUGGGCUUAAGACCUUGCUUUGCAUUAUGUAUUCAUUUAUUUUAGUCAAUUACAAGUGCAUAUAGGAUUAGGUCUGUUCCCCAAUCUCUCUCGGUGGGAAGUAGACCAUGACUUAAUUCAAAUGAACUUAAUAAAGGAAACAGUUUUUGGAAAGGUAUCAGAUCUGGCAGUCUUGAAUUUGUUGCGAUUUUACUUUAUUAGCAUUUACUUGUCUUUUUAGCUUAUAUCUGCUUAUUGCUCUGAGCUCAGGAAAGUAAAGUUGAACUUCUCUGAAAGUCGGCAAUAAUCCGUAUGUUAUUUUCCCGGCGGUACUCACAGCAAUUUAAAAUCCAACACCAUAUAACUGAUUCAAUGAACUGAAGUUGGGCAAUUGUGCCCUGGGAAGCUACUGUUUGAUGGCCACUCGAGCAAACCAUCGCAGUGAGUUCAGUAUGCCCUUAAUGCCCAAUACCCAAUUGCAAAAGCAACCUCUUAAAGUUAUAUAACAAACUGACGUAUUUAUUGUGUCUUGUUCACUUUGUUUUGCUAAUACCCUUGUUCUGAACAUUAUGCCCAUCCCUGUUUUAUUGAUCAUGUUCAGGUUAUUCAAAGGCUUUUUUUAUUUUUAUUGCAGAAGCACAAAAAAUUGGUAACCCAGCUUCCUGCCUACUCACACAUUUAUCAUUUCCUCGUUUUCUUUCCAAAAAUUUCAAGAUCCCCCACCAAGCCUAGGGAUGGCAUCCCUGCCACAACUUUUCGUACAAACUCUGCAUUGCUAACGAAGGAACCAACUCAAUUUGCAUGAAUUAGUCUCGAUAUCUUUAGCUUAAUCUCGUCGAGGUGAGUUACAUUAAUCAGAUUUUUAAGUCCACAAUAAUUGUGAUAUGGUAUUCGCAAUGACCCGUAAUCCCGCUCAGUGACGCUAUCUUCAACCGGGACCCUAUAACUUGCUUUCACCUUAUGCCACUGAAAUUUCAAUGCACCAACAUUAGUCACCUCCAUUUCUCAUAAAAUCACGGCAAAAUGCGGCAUUCUCUGUCCAAAGACACUGCUUUUAACGGAGAAACAACUCCACGCCAUACAUUUCUUUGUAGCGACCCGCAAUGUUUGCCCCCUGGCAAUUCCAGAAUCCUGUGCGCAAAACAUUGGUCUCCGAUUACUUUCGCGCCAUAGGUACUGCGAGGUUUCAACAGUCGAAGCUUGUAGUUUAUCACUCGAAAAAAUGUCUAAAUCUACUGAAAAGGUCAACAAAAAGUACGCUGUUACACAUAAAUCGAUCAUUGUGCCAUUGAUAAAAUUGUCCCACCAUGCGCUUGUCCUUCCUGGUCGCGUCCAGAAUCGCCUUCGGUGAUGGUUCGCUCUUUUUUUGACUUUAUGAUGCCCACUGUUCAUUGAUAACAAUCUCAAAACAUCCUGUCGAUCUCUAAUGUAUUGGUUGUGUAAAUGUAUCACAGUUGCAUUUAUCUGAACGCAUGAUAUCAAACUAGAAAUCAGAGCAACUAACAAAGAAGCUACAACCUUGCUGUACGCCAUGUUUGUUUAUAAUGCUCGCCGUGAAGACUGGAUCCAAGAGAAUGACGAAAGCGUAUUCGAAAAUUUCCGGAUACGACCGUCCACACGUAUACGUAAUCGUAUCGGAUGAAAAAAAUUUCCAGUCUGGAGAGCGUUUUCAAAAAUUUGCGGAUACGGCCGGAAAAUACGCUGGAUACGUGUGGACGCAAGCCGUAUUCAAAAAAAAAAAAAAAAAAAAAAUUGCGUUUUCACAAACUUCCGGAUACGUGUGGACGAUGGCUUAAAUUUGGGUUUGGAAAUGAGGUGACCCAUCCCUGCAAUGGGAGUGAAAUUUGCUAACCCUCCCGUUAACCUAAAAUAUCAUGACCCUCCCCCUCUUGUACAAAAGAUAAAAUCUAGUUCUUGCAAUACACUAGGGUGAGUCGGUAUUAUGAAAGCUCAAAAUAUAUUUCUAAUUUGUUCUUUGUAAUGCCAUAUACACACAUUUUAGAUGACAGCAUUAAGAGUCCGACUCUGAUUCUGACAGCUGAUCACUCGACUCUCCUAUUUCUCCCAGGUUUUUUUUUUACAAAUAAUAAUAAUAAUAAUAACAUGUUUAAACAGGAUGACCAUUUCAGUUAUAAAAACUGCUAUCAAUAUGUAUAAAAAUAAAUGAAUAAAAAGAUAAAAACAUUAAUUAUAUAUGAAACUGGGAUACAUUACAUACAAUCAUUAAAGAGGGUAGCCCCCCUAUAUAAAAAAAGGCCCUCUUAGUCAACUCGUGAUUGACUUUAUCAAUAGAUAACCUAUUCUUAGACCUAGUGUCAUAGUCUUGAAUACCAUAAGUUCGCCGUCGAAAAUCAUCUGAGAAAUAACUUGGAGCUUGUCCAUCAAGACAAUUCUUGACAAGUUUGACGAUAUGUUUCUCUCUUCUCGUCUUAAGAGGGUCCAAAAUAAAGAACUUCCUUUUUCUUCUGUGGAUGUGACCUCUACAUGAUCACGGAACAUUUGCAUGACCCUCCCCCUUUUAACGGCCCAUUUUUCAUGACCCCUCCCUUUUCUGCACUCUCCAAAAGUUGUGACCCUCCCUCUGUUUCCACCCCCUCCCCCCUGCUAAUUUCUGACAAGUCCCGUAUGGAUAAUUGUAAGGGUUGAUUACCGGUGUCGCGUAAUUUUUACGUUCGUAGGUGCCUAAAAUUUACGCUCGCAAAUAAAAUAAAGGCAAUACAUGAAAGGUCGCUCGUAAGCGUAAAAGUUAAACCUCGCUCAACUUAACGCUUAAGCUCAGCACUUUUUAUCUUCCCUCAAUUUUAUUUACGUGAUUAAAAUUUACGUGCGUUAACGUGCGUAGCCAAUGAAAGCGUCCGUGGAAAUCAACCUUAAGGAAAAACAAUAGAACUUGUCACGGUUUUCGAUGCCAUCUUGGCGAGUAGGCAAACCCGUGAGAAAUUACAGUGUUUGUAUGAGAAUCUAAUGCCGAAUAAUUUCCGUAAAACGGCUGUUUUAAAAAACAUAUGAACCGUAAACUAAAGCUUCACUCUUAAGAAUUCUACUGAAAAAAAUUGAGGGCGUUACGUGCGCUAGAAGACCUAGAACCUUUUUUAAAAAUUUUCUAUACAUCUGUCUGUAAAAAUUUCCCGUGAAAAAUUGCAGAAAAAUAUAUGGAAAAUCUAAAGCAAGCUUCUGGAGAAAUUUAAGCAUAGUUGUAGCUUUAGUUUACAGUUCAUAUUUUUUCCAGAACAGCUUUUUAAGGAAAUUAUUCGACAUUGGAUUCUCAUACAAACACUGUAAUUUCUCACGCGUUUGCCUACUCGUCAAGAUGGCGUCGAAAACCGUGACAAGGUCAAGCGCCGCGCGCCCUUUUUUUCUUGUGCCCACUACUUCCAAGCGCCUGCUACGCAGCCUAUGCCACUAUAUGGGUCCUUAAAAGUUUUGCUGAGUAUACACGUAUUUAAGGACCCUAAAGACCCACUUCCGUCUCUUAUGUCGAUGUGUGGGACGAUAUUAGGUUUUAGUUUCAUGGCAUUUUGCUGUUAUUAUUGCAUGAUGUGUCAUAUGAUAUAGUUUUCAAAAGACCUUUGUUUGUCAGUAUUCAAACCGCCAGCUCAGUGAAUAAUAUCCUUAGAAAAACGGAGAGAGCCAUGAACAAUACAAGCUUGCUUUUGUUCUUUAAAAUGCACAGUUGGCAAAUCUAAGGUGCUCCGGCUCGCUCACCCAAUAAGACAAAGGAAAUUCGACAACUUGACCGGGCCACUUGAGUUGCAUGUGUUGGGCCCAGAUCGAUCAUUCAGGGUCAAGAUGCGUGAACUGAUCUAGAUUUUUCUCAUAGUUUGCAUUAAAUUUUCUUGUAACCUUUUUAGAAAUAUAUUUUUAUCAGCCAGAUUGCAUGGCCAAUAAAACGCCAAUAAGGAAAAUGAGGGGUGCUCAAAUUGUGUUCCUGUAAAAUAUCGGCACUCUUUCACCAUCACAUGUACAUGAAUCAAGUUUGAUUGACGUCCAGGAUUUUAUAAAAAUUCCAUAAAAAGACUCGCUGCGAGUUGAAAGGUAACUUAAAACUAUUGACUUAACCUUUCUUUGGCUAGCCAGAGUGUCAACAAGUCAAGCUCGGUCGUUGUUUCAUAUUAGCGAAAGAAACAGCUCCACAAGAAGAAGUGUUCAAAGAUGCUGCUAGCAACGUUUUUUAUCUUUUGUGCAUGUUGGCUACAUGUUCGAGCAGAAAUAGUGUCAACGAAGUAUGGAGAUAUCGAAGGACUCGUGACUUUAUAUCCGAAUGCCUCUGGUCCGUUCAAAUCCGUCAGCAAAUUUCUUGGCGUUCCUUUCUCCGCUCCACCAACUGGAGAGCUAAGGUUUAAAGCCCCACAACCGCCAAGAGAGUGGAAACCAAAGGUUUAUUCGGCUAAAACCCAUGGGAGCGUCUGCUUACAGUUCAAACUUUCCGAAAACGUAAUCAAGCCUUUUACUUCAAAUUUCACUUUCAGCGAGGAUUGCUUAUAA